AUGUCCUCCAUCACCAGAUUCAACGAGAGUCUUGUGAGCCACCAAACCUUUGUCCUGAUUGGCAUCCCUGGGAUGCAAGAAAAGAACUCUUGGGUGGCCUUCCCAUUGUUUGUGCUCUACACCCUGACUCUGUUGGGAAACUUCACUAUCCUCUAUGUCAUCAAGAGUGACCCAAGCCUCCAUGAGCCCAUGUACUUCUUCCUUUGCCUGCUUGCCUGCUCGGAUCUGGGACUCUGCAUGUCAACCAUGCCAACUAUGCUGGGGGUCUAUUGGUUUGACUCCAGAGAAAUCCCAUUAAAUGCUUGCAUCAGCCAGAUGUUUUUUAUCCAUUCAUUUCAAUGGGCAGAGUCUGGCAUUCUUGUGGCAAUGGCUUUUGACCGGUUCAUUGCCAUCCGUGAUCCACUGAGAUACAGAUCACGUCUCCCAAAUAUGUUAAUUGCAAAAAUCGGCAUAGCUGUCUUUUCCAGAAGUUUCUGUAUCUGUUUCCCACCCCCUUUUCUUCUUUCAAAGCUCACUUUCUGCCGAUCCAAUGUCCUUUCUCAUUCCUACUGUCUCCACCAAGAUGCCAUGAAGUUAGCCUGUGCAGAUACAAGAGUCAAUGUUUUGUAUGGUUUGAUAGCAAUUAUUUCCACUUUAGGCUUGGAUGUAUUCAUCAUUCUUGUAUCAUAUGCCCUUAUUCUGAAGACUGUUUUGAGCAUUGCAUCCCGAAAAGAGUGUCUGAAGGCUUUGAACACCUGUGUGGCCCACAUUGCUGCCAUUUUGAUUUUCUAUGUGCCAAUGAUUGGCAUCAGUAUGGCACAUCGAUUUGGGAGACACCUUUCCCCCAUUAUCCACAUGCUGAUGGCCAACAUUUUUGUUAUGGUCCCUCCACUUCUCAAUCCUGUUGUGUAUAGCGUGAAGACCCAGCAGAUUCGACAGAGGUUAUGCAACAUUUUCCAGUUUAGAAAAAGUAGGGGUUGA